UGUGAUUAUAAGACCUGAGAUAUCAAUAUUUUAUAGAUCAAUGAUAUAUGGAUGUGUGUGUGUGUGUGUGUGUGUGUGUGUGUGUUUACUUAUAUAUGAAUGAAAGUUGUGGUUAUGGCACCUCUGUAAAAUGUUGGAAACAUCUGAUAGUGAACUGUAGACUACAGAUGGUUUACAUUAGCCAAUAACUCUUUACAUUUAUAUUCGAUUUAAUUUCUUGCAGUACAUACCAUUAGUAAAUGGUUUUAGUAGAGCUCAUGUCAAAUCUACUUUUCUCGUUUCCUAUAAUAUUCCAACAAUAUUAAGCUUAUUCCCAUUGCGCUACUAAUGAACAUUGUUAUUCCUAUGCUUCGAGUGUGUAAAUUGAAGAAGGGUUUUGUCUACUAUCGUUUUAUGUGGGAAAUUAAAAUAACGUUCAUUGUAGUUCCUCGUGCCAUAGACAGUUAGCCUCGGUUGAGUAUUGUAUGUAAAAGGUCAUAGCAUAAUCCCCAUCACAUCACAUUCUACACAAGUCCCAGUGUCUAAUGGAUGUCCGCAGAAGCCAUCGGGCGUUGCAGAGGCGAGUCAAGUAUCCAGGUGCGAAGUGGGCCUACUUAGAAGUUGCGAAGGCUCCAAGUGCAAGUUUAGUGGUGAGCUUAACAAAGACAAAGGUUGGUGAGGUUGGGUUUCAGAGUAGUUCUUCAUGAGCACUAGAUACCGCACGAUAGGAGGGACCACUUUACCGAUAACGACACAUGCCGAUAACGCCAAAGAGAACGAUAGUUGUUGAUAACAAUCGAGAAGACCUGUGCCUUAGGUCGGGCCAGCGAUGGGAGCCAUACCAGGUGUGUUCCUCCCGAGCCGCUGAGGGCAGAGAGCUUCCUUUGUGAACACAUGGCUGGCUGCUGCUGCGUGUUGCUGGCUCUCUUCUUCCCUGACGUUGUAAGGUCGUGUGCCCCUCGAGCUCCUCUAGAUAGCCGAGUUCUGAUAACAUGUAUAUCGUAAGCCUUACUUAUCUUUCGAUAGGGGAACUGCGUUGCCGGAUAUUUUUACAUCUGUUCAACAUAGUGGUACCUUUGCACCUGAGGAUGAAGAGAAGCGACGGAUAUGGCGUGAACAGGGCAAGUAAGCAGGAGACGCAGCAGCGGUCGGAUGCGCCGAUCCGCAGCUGAGGGAAACCGCCAGAGCAGGAACAGAUCCACACGUGGAAUUGGGUAUCACGCCAGAAGUGACAACGCCGCCUCUGUCAGCCGACGGGGCCCGGCAGUAGUACACCGAUUCCUCACUUCUGCUCUGUCUUUUUCACCGAUCCUUACCACGCUCACUCUGGAGAACAGUCCGGCCCCUGGGUGGCUUUUCAGCAUAAGGUGUUGUUGGUAUCGCGUUGUUCCUCUUGCAUUAUCGAUGUUUACCGAUGCCUAAGAAAAAUAACAGUGCUAGCGAACCAGGGCCAUAUGGCCAUAGAGUGGAUUACAGAAAAGAUGAUUAAUUUAAACUGAACUUCACCCAGUUUUCAGUGUUGUUCCUCUCCCGAUGCAGCCAGCGCGAAACAUCAACAAUUUCCUUACGUAUAAACAAUGUUAGCUGUGUGUGGCAGUGACUGUGCGUGCCCUACUGGCGAGAUCUACCAAGGAUAUUCGUUUCCUGCAAAAUGUUCACCGAAAAUUAACUCUCGUGUGUGUAACAUUUCCGAACAAACAUGGCAUCGGUGUUUGUGAUUCUGGGUGGCUAGGAAAUGUUUUUACAUAUUGUUUUGACCCUGGGAACCUGUAAGUUGCAUGGGCUGCUCCACAUGACCCUGGGAAAUCUUAAACAACGAGUUGUAUUCGGAUUUUUCUGCGUGUGGCCGCUAAAGGCUUGAGUGAUAACCAGUACCUUAUAACAUAUGAAAAGACAACUGACGCUUAGCAAGAACUAAACGAGAUAUGUAUGAUUAUUACCGCAAAACAAAACAUAUUUCGAGUUUAUGAAGACAGCACACUGCUUUGAAAUCCAGUAGUUCGAGUCAAUAGCAGACUCGUGCCCUCCGGCUACAUACCUGUCCUUGAUCUAAAUAUCCCUUGCGCGCGCGUGGCCGGCAUGAGCUUCUCUCGCCUCAAGCUCCGUGACCCCCGCGAGCUGCUGGCCCAGCCCUCCGACUCCAGCGCGUCUGUGCAUGCAAUGGCAGACGCUGCGACGACUCCCGCCACUCCUACGACGCCUUCCACAUCAGCUGACCAGCCGCCUGCGCUUCAGUCUCCGGUCGCCCAGUCGGCGCCCGCGCAGCCACCUGCAACAGAGCUGCACCCAGCGCCGCCAGCCGCCAGGGCCCCUCUCCCGCCGCAGUCGCCCCCGGGCCCUCCCGAGGCGCAGCCAGACGCCCCUCCAAGCGCCACCAGCGAGCGCCGGGACGCCGAGCCCGUGCCCAAGAAGCGCCGCCUACUGGAGGCCUCGGAGGCCUCAGACGUGCAGGAGACCUCAGCUCCCGCCAAGCCGCUUAGUGACCCCCAGGACAUCCUGGCGAAGGCGUGCUUCGCCGUGGGCAUCGACUCCGACUUCGCCGAGAGCGUGGUGGAGGACCCACUCCCGCCGCCGCAGCAGGGCUCCCAGCUGCCGCCGCAGCCACACGCGGAGGGCGUCCACUACGUGCAGGGACUCCGCCCGCCCUACCCUGGCGUGCCCGCCGACGUGAGGCUGAGGCAGCCUGAGGUGCGCCUCCACCCCGGAAUGCCCCACCCGGCCUCCGUCAACGGAUCCUACCCGAUAGCGGAAGCCCGCGUGCAGUACCACCAGUUUCCUCCCCGCUUCCACGAGCCGCCCUUCCCGCUGCCGCGCCGGGUGCCCGUGCAUGCCGACCCGCGCCACUGCCACCCGGGCCCGCCGCAGCCCAGGUACCAGUACGUGGCCUACCCGAGGGGCGUCCCACCGCCCAGGACCAUCCUGGUGUCAGAGCGGGUCCCUCCCCCGCACCAUUCUGUCAUGCAUCAUGACCCGCGCCACCCGCGCCCCCCGGCCGUGCAGCACGACCCCCGCGCGCCGCCGCCCGCCGCCAUGCACCACGCCCCGCGCCACCCGUCCCCGCGCCACCCGUCCCCGCCCGCGCUGCAGCACGACCCCAGGCUCCCUCCGCCGGACUACCGCCAUGCGCCGCGCGUGGUUCCCGAGGCGAGGCACAUGGCACCCGGGCAGACGGAGGUGCGCUACAGGGUGCCUAUCAACCACCACGAAGUUACCAUCGUGGCGCCGGUGGGGCCCGCCUCCUUCGUGCCCGCAGACGGCAGCCGCCCAGGGCCUCCGCGACCCAAGCUAGAGCGGCCUCACCCCUACGAGAUGUACACGCCGCCCCCCGGGUCAGCGCACUCCCCGAAGGAGGCUCCUUACGCUCCCAUUAGUCCCCACGCCCAUCCGGGGAAUCCCCACUACGGGCCUCCGCGCGUGGUGGACAGAUACAACAAGCACCCUUACGGUCGCGCCGAGAUGAGUCGAGAGUCAGGUCCGUGGCACGAGCAGGCGACUCCUCCCCCUCAGCAGUCGCCCGAAGCCCGGCCUCGGCCUCCAGAGCCCGUCCGCUCGCCGUACGCCAGCCCCCAGGAAGGCGCUUGGGCGGCGAAGCGGUAUCCCGACAGUCAGGACAAGGCGGGCGAGUUCAUUCCCCCGCAGAGACUGAGGGAACCGAAGCCGUGCGUCGAGCUCAUUCCGCUGAGACUCCCAGCCAACCAGGAGAAGGAGAGGAAGAUCGGAAGCGAAGGAAACCCAGUUCCGUCUAGUCCAGGGCCUCCUCAGAAGCACCAGGCGGCAACGCCCAUAAGCCCUGCCACGGUCACGCCCGUUAACCGCAAGGCGUCUGAAAAGGGAGCUCCGGCCGAAAAAUAUGCACGGAUUAAUACUCCUGACGACGACGAAAUUCAGGAAGCUUCUCAGGGCAAUGGUGGUCUCCAGUUUCCAUCAGGCUUAACUGUGACGGAGGCAGCGGCACCGCCUCCAGCACACCACAACGCAGCUGCGAAACGAGAGAACUCCAAGGACGUUUUUGUCUGUCCAGAAAAAUCUGACGAGUCUGGUAAGCGGUUAUACAGUGAUUCAGAUAAAGCAGGAAUCGAACAGGCUCAUUCUGAACUCCGGAAGACAUCAGAAGACUCCACGGAACAGAACAGCAAACGGCCAGAGCCCCAAGAGAACUCCAAAGAAAACACGCUAAAAUCAGCAGCAGCAUUGGAACUAACCGGCAAUAAAGACGAAACCCUUGACAUGAAACAAGACAGAGUUGCAGCUUCGAAACGACAAGCAGAAAACGGUGACCCUCAUCCAGAGAAGGAGGAAGGACUUCAACAUCGAAGUUUACCCAAUGAUUUACGCGUUUUGGAACAAUAUAAUAGCCUCCACAGCUCCUACUACGUGAGUCAGGGCAGAUCAGCUUCUGAGCCUCCACCUGGAGCAUUAGGUCCCUCUGCGAACCUCACAUCGGCCAUGAGACCAGCAUCGCUCCCCGCCGCCACUCAAAUAUCCGUCUCAAACCCCCCUCCGAACAGGGACUCCGCGCCCCCCGACAACCUGGAGAUGAACGGGAGAGCGAAAAUAUCCACGGAGGAUAAUCACGAUAACGACGAAGUUUUCGUUGAGCGCCUGAGAUUCGUAUUGGAUGACCUUGUGUCCGUUCCCGAAGCCACGCUGCCCAAGGCGUCGAGGUCCCCACAGCAGGUGUUAGCAUACCUCGUCAGGCAAGGAGGAGCCAAGCCGUCCGAACAUCCUUGUCAUCGGGAGAGACUUAGAGAAGACUUUCUAACCAUGGUUAAGCGGUACAUGCCGGGCAGCACCAUAGCGGACUGGGGCUGGGACUCUUGCUCGCCGGAGCAGAUCCUGGACCAGCUGAUCAAGGUGUCCACGGGCGGCGACGAAGGCAUCAACGGCGGCGCCCGUUCCUCCAGCACCGCCUCUGCCAUGCAGGACGACCCUCUCGAGGACGACGUCUUCACCUCCUCCAGCGACGGUCCUCAGGCUCCGAGAACCGCACCGGUCCCCCACGCCCACCCUCGCCCCAGCCCCCCAAUGCCUCCCGCCCACACAGCGGCGCCACCCACGCCGAAUCCUCACACCUCGACGCCGCCCAGCGCUAGUAGUUCCCAAAGCUCAGCGCCAUCCACGGUGACGACAGGCGCUGGAAAUCCAAAGGAGGAAGCCGCCCAGAACAGUGCGCUGCGGCCCCCCGUUCCCCAAAGCUCAGUGCCUCCUACUCCAGUCCCGGUCACUUCGCCGUUAGCAGCACCUACAUCUCACGCAUACAGUGCCACUGCUCCAUACCAACACACAUCCCCUUCCCAGACGAGUCCACGUGUCCCCACAUCUCAUGCAGCGUUUCCCCACACAACUCCCGCUAAUGCAAAGACUCAGCACGUGCCUUCUCACACAAUGGCCCCACAUACAUAUCCAGUCCACACAACAACUGCACACGUUCCUACCAGUUCCCCAGCAACUUUGUAUACAUCUAAUAGAGACCCAACAGCCCAGCAUGUAUCUACCACCCUGACAAGCAUUACGCACGUCCAUUCUAAUGAUGCAAGGGUAACGAAUGCAUCUACCGGUUCCCUAACAGCCCCACAUGUAAGCUCUACCUACACAAGUGCUCCACUGGCAUAUCCAAAUCACACAACUACUGCACAGGUAUCAACAACGUAUACAACAAUUCCACACUCGCUUCCCACCACAACGCAGGCCUUGCACUCGCCCGCCAUCUACUCAGCGGCCCAACACAUGCACCACCUCCAGAGGUCUGCCUCAGCGACGGUCACACCAGACGCUUAUCAGGACGACAAACGAUACUCUGCCUCUCGCUCGGUCGUUCCUCAGCCUGUCACCUCAGUCCCUUAUUCUGCUCCUUCAGUGCCUUCCGUUGCCCAGUCUUUGGUCUCUCACUCUGUUUCCUCGGCCCCGCAUUCCUCCUCUUCGUCCCCGUAUUCUGCCCAUGUAGUCCCUCACUCUGCUGCAUCCGUCCCUCACUUUGCCCCAUCAGCUCCUCAUUCCACCCCUUCAGGUCCUCACUCCGCCCCAUCAGCUCCUCAUUCUGUCCCCCCAUCUCAUCGCCCCGCCCCCCCGGCCCCUCACCCAGCGCCCUCCGUCCCGCACGCCUCCCCGAGCCACCUCCCCGCCCCCCAAGUGCCCCAUCCCGCCUCCACGAGGGACCCGCACUUCUCGUCCCGCGACCGAGUCCCUUCCCACGGCGCCCACGCUUCGCCGUCACUGAUGUCGUCCCGCGGUGCCCCCUACCCACCCUCCGCCCACCCGCCUCCGAUGCGGCACUCCGGCCACCCACACCUCGCCCCUGCCUACCAGGCCUACAACCACCACGCAGCCGUCCACCACCCGGGCGGCCGUGUGCCUCACCCCAGCGCCCACUCCGCCAGCGUCCACCCGCCGCCCGUGCUUAUGCCAGCCGGCCAGAGCGCCCACUACCCCCGUCAGCCUCACCACCUCGCCUACCACCACGCCCAGCAUCACGCCCACGCCCACUACCAGUACGCCCAGCCGCAGGUGCAUUCCACAAAGAAGUGGACGGGUGUCAGUAUCGAGAAUAUGGUGAGGUCAGCUGUGUAUGCUGCCCUGAACACUCGUGCCCCGUCGACCUGAACUGGGCUGCGAUAAUAUUAUUUGGUUAAUCGAGACCAGUGCAGUAUCUCCUCCUGUCUGAUAUCCAGUGGCAGUGAAAGGAUUCGAUCCCACCAAGUCAGUGUCAGUGAUGGCGAUGGAGACUUUGAACCUCUAAAACAAUACCUGAUGAAACAAAAUCACGUGAGAAAUAGAGGAAAAAAUAGAGAAAAAAACAAUGGAAGACACAGUGAUGAUUUUAUCUUCUUACAUAAUCAUUUUUCUUCUUCUUUUUUCAAGUAAAGAAGUAAAAACACGUGGUGGGAAAAAAAAUCACUAUGAAAAAAAAAAAAAAAGUUUCAGUACCUUCGCCCGGGAAAGUCUCAUAAACUGGCGGCAAAGUGGGAAAUGUGCUCGAGAAACUUCUUUUAUUUUAGCACAAGAAAAUGGAUGCUUAAUACUUCACUACGUGACUUUCUGACUUUCCAGGAGUGUGUUUUGUGACGCAGAGAAAUGGCCUGCAUACGUGGAAUAAAUGACAAUUGAGACCUUUUCUCUCUCCAACUUUUUUUUAUGUCUAUCAACCCGCCAUUUUGUGUCUUAUCUCUAUAUCAAUCAGCCAAUCUCUAUGUCUGAUCUAACUAUUAAGCACUCAGCCAUUCUGUCUCUCUGACUACACCUAUUCUCUUUAUUGGUCUGUUUAUAUCUCUUUCAAUUUCGCUAUUUUUUAUAUUUCUGGCUAAUCCUAUAUUUCUAUCUCUUUACCGAUUUCUUUAUUUUUCUACCUAUCUCUUUACCUAGAUAUUUAUUUUUAUAUCUAUCUCAGGCCAAAUCUAAUUAUCUAUCUCUUUAUUAAUGUUCUGCCUGUCUCUUGACUAAAUCUAUUUAUCUACCACGUCAUCGAACUAUAGAUCCGUUUAUCUAUCAAUCUGUUUUUCUAUCUAUCUCUAAGUAAAAAUAUUUACCUAUCUUUUUUCCUAUCUAUUUAGUUUUCUAUCCAUCUCUGUAUCUAUCUUUGACAAAACCUACACAUAUAUCACUAAACCCAUAUAUAUACAUCGAUCUAUUAAUUUUUCUACCUCUCUCUGACUAAAUCUAUUUAUCUACCACGUUAUCGAUCUCUCUAUCCGCUUAUCUCCCCCCCCCCUCCCCUCCCCCCCAAGACUUCACCUAUUCUGCAAACCUUCAACAGUAUACGGGUAAAAAUUAUAGCCGGGAAUAUUCCCACGAGACGCUAAAAUGUGAAAUUUAACCAAAUGAUUUAACAAUUUAGCAGUCGAUGUUAACUUUUUUUUCGGUCAAUAAAUGUGAUUUUAGGUUUAAGAGCUAUUGGUGGAAUGGGCAUUAAAGUGCCCGUGUUGGGAUAAACGUGACUGCAGAGAUAGCAUGAAAAUAUGUGAUUUAAAUGGAGAGGCUAAGCAAUGGAAAUGCAGUCAUAUUUAAUCAUGUUAUAUCUUCGGCCUUAUUUUGGGUCUUACACAUAUGUGUGUGUGUGUAUAUAAUAGCAGGUUGUAUGUGCCUGUUUAUGAGUGUUUUUGCUCGUAUGUAUGUGUCUGAUAAAUAAAGAGAAAAGUGUGUAGUUGUGUAGUGUGUAGAAAGAAAGAAAAAAAGAAAGAAAGAGAGAGCGAGAGAGAGAGAGAGAGAGAGAGAGAGAGAGAGAGAGAG